AUGGCGAGGAUGAAGAGGGCAAUGGUACGCGACCCUCCUCCGCCGCAAGCAUCCGAAACACCAUCAGUGCAACCGCCUAACCCACCACCGCCGGUGAGGAGAGGAAAUAAUCCCCCCAUUCCAAAGAGGAAGGGCGAGUCAUCCGCAGUCCUUAUCGAUGAAGACUCGCCAUCGCCACCACCGUCGCCGCCUCUGCCGCCACCGUCCACUGUCGCCAUCGACACCAUUCCAAAAGAAAUACCUAUCGCCGCUCCCCCUCUACAAAUGGUACCAUCUUCUGCCAUUAUUUCAUAUGUCGACCAUUUCAAGAAAUCAAAGGAGAAAGCAUCCACUGUUCCUACUACAAAAGAAGCCCCAACUUCAUCUAUGGCCACCAAAAGCAGGGAGAUGCCCGAUAAUGCUCCAAAGGUACACUCUUCCUCUGAUAAUGCUCCCCCUGAUGGUCUAUUCACCUCUGAUUCUGAAGAGGAUGAAGACCUUGCCCCUAAGGCACAGACAGGGGAAAUUUGA